GCGAGAUGUUUGUCGUGCAAUAAUUGCAAAAUACCCUUUUCUUUCUGAUGCAAGUGGUGGCUAUGAAAUUUGGUAUCGGUACCUUGGUGAGAAAGUUAAGAAUGAAUUAAGAAAUGAAAGAGCAGACCCUGUUGUCCUAUCUAGAAAAAGAAAAAAUGUUGAUGGCAGUCCAGCUGCAACUAAAAUCAGAGCAGCUGUUCGACGAGGAAUUGUGAACUGGGCACCUCCACCAAUAGAUGGCGAGGACGAUGUCUGUUCCCAAGCACAUGUUUCGUGGAUGAAGAAGGAAUUGAAAAGAAAACAACCCAACCUCACUUUGGUAAACAAAAAGAUGGAAUUGACUUAUUCCUUUAGGAGGCAUAUGAUAAAUGAGGAAAAACAUUUGGUGAAGGAUAUGAUGGAACAAUAUCCUUUCCUGUUUAAAAAAGCCCAUCUAAAAUCUGAGUACAGUCGUUUGAUGGCAGAUAGCUUGGCUGCUGAUUGUAUUCAAGGCAAUUUGCUAGAAGUAUCACCCAACAUUAUCAGAGUAGCAGAGCAAAGGAAAUUUGUUUCAGAAGAAGCUAAUAAGCUGCUGCUUCUUUGUAAACCUACAAAUGACUCUAGUUGUAAUGAUGAUGAAGAGAAUGAAAAUAUUUUAUCUGCAGAGAACAAAACUUUUGUUGCAAUGUGUUUGUUGCCUCAUUUACUGGAAAGGAAAACAAAAACUAAUAAAAGUCCUGAGUCUUACUUUUACCAGUUUGGUGAAGCAGAAGUUGCCAUGGCAGCAAGACCUGGAAUGGCCCCAUUUUGGUUAUCAGUGGCUCAGUGGAUGAUCCCCAUCCGGAUGAUAUAACUGUAGUUGCGAAAACCACAUUGUAACAAGGUCUGCAGGAAUUCUGGAUGCACUGGAGUCAAUGCUUAUAUUGUAUUACGUAUGUAAUAUU